GUGCAGCGUGACUAACUCUGCUCAGGCUCGCGCCAUCUCCUGACUAGUGAACUCCUGGACUCGGCUUGUUGCGCGGGUUCAAAGGGGCGAGCACUGCAUCGGAUGUAAGGAGCAGGUUCCGAGAGGGCUCCAACGUACACCCGGUUCCUUUAUAUACCACAGAGGUGGCGAUUGACCUCGGUCUGUUUGCUUGGGUUCUGUGAGUCAUCUUCAGCUUUCUACUCGUAAACUAGACAAAUCACAAUGGAGCUUGGUUUGAUUCGUUCGGUGGAUUCGGAGGCAUCGUACCCUCAUGUCCUUCCUUUAGAAUUGAUUCACGAAGUCUUUCUUCACGCAUGCGUAGGAGACGCACCAUUCGCCGCAUCCUUAUCCCUGGUCUGCAAGACCGCGCACGAAUGGCUCCAGCCCGUGCUAUACCGGUCUGUCGUCCUCACCUCCUCACGCCAAAUCAUAGCCUUCGAGCGCACGCUCCGGCUCUCCCCACCCAGUGCCUCCCUCGACAGCGCCGUGCAGCACCUCUGGCUCGGGCCCAAGAGCUCGCACGCCGAGCGCGACCUCUCCUACGCCUCCACCGCAUGGCCCAUCACACUGCUGCACCAAAUUCUCGCGCGGUGCAGCUCCCUUACUUCGGUCGCGCUCGUCAACCUCGCGCAGCACCUCAUGUACCGCAUCGCUGGCGUCGUUCCGCUGCGCGUCACGUCGAUCCACGUGGGGCCCGUGCACGGGCACCUCGACACGCGCCACCUGCGCUGCACGCAAGCCCUGCGCUGCGUGACGAGCAUGGACACGUACCUCUCCGACUGGGAAGUCCAGCAGCUCGCGAGCACGCCGUUCCUCCGGCGCCUCCGCAGAUUUUACAGCACGCGCACGGCGAUCGAGUAUGCAUUCGACCAGCUCGCGGCGGUGCGUGGCGCGAGCGGCCUGGAGCAGAUGGAGAUACUGUGCUGCACGGGCGCAAAGGAUAUCGAGGGUACGCUCGAGAUACUCAGAGGAAUGGCGAAGGGGAAAGAGGGGAGCGACGACCAGCGGGUGAUCAUCAGUGCGCGGAGUAGUUGCGACGGAGAUAGGCUUGCCGAUGGUAUCCGCGCAUUCUAUGAUGAUUGGGUCAAUAGCCUUGGGGAUGAUACACCUAGCUGUGUCGCAGCGGGCAUGUACCGCAGCAUAUCCUGCAAGACCGCUGUUGCCACCGAGGAUUGAUCACGUUGUGUUGUAGUGACUUCAUACUAACCCUUCACGCAUCCAUAUACCUUUUGCUUCAUAUCUGGCGCAUGUACACAUUUCUAUCUUACCGUGCGAUCCUCCAAUGGCCAGGAUAAUUAAAAGACAUCAUGCAUGGCGA